UCGUCUUUAUCUAUGUCUCGUACAACAUGCGUACAACUCUAUCAGUUGACCUCGUUGUGACCUCGCCUUUUUUAGAGUUAUUUACAUUUUUAUCGGGGACAUUGUUUAUAUCGCAUUCCAUCCGGAGCCUUUGAGGGGCCACAACGAACCCCCUUUGUAGCCCUAACAGUUAUUCAUAAGUGAGUGCUGAUGGCGAAAAUUGAAAACAUCCCCAAAUAGGGUUAUGUUGCAGAAUGUGUAUUGUUGACGUUCUUAGGAAUUUAUAACGGGUAAAUUGUUUAUAAGCACCAAAUCAGGGGCAGUAAAUCGACGAAACGAUGUUCUCGAAGAAGAAAAAGAAACCGCAGAUUUCACCCCCGAUUAAUUUCGAGCAUCGCGUCCACACAGGCUUCGAUAAGAGCGAGGGCAAGUAUGUGGGCCUGCCGUUGCAAUGGGCCUCAAUUGUGGGCAACAAUCAGAUUCUUAAGUCCACUAAUCGGCCCUUACCGCUGGUCGAUCCUUCCGAGAUCACUCCCACGGAGAUUUUAGAUCUGAAGACCAUUGUCAGGGGUGAUCAUAAGUCUGAGAGUAGACUCAGUACACAUCAGGUGCAGAAGCCUCCGCAGAAUGGAAUUAUGCUGCCAAAAACCUCCAAUGUGGCCAGAUCGAAUUCACUCAGAUCUUCCAGUCCGCCGCGACUACGAAGGGAGCAUAGGAACAAUGCGAACGUGCCACCUUCAGUGCCUGAAGAGCAUAUAUUGCAAUACCCCUCAAUUCGAAGAGAACCAAGUAUCAGCAAACCGCAGGUCAGAGAAGGAUCGCCGAUGAGCUUGAGCAAUCAGGAAAUGCAAGCGCCCUAUUUAAACCAACAUGUGGCCAAUGGGAAUAUGGCUGAUAAUCCAGCAGCUUUGAACAACCCCAACUACCCAAUGAAGGGACUGGAUCAUGUGCAGAUUUCUCCAGUUGGAUCAGUUGCGUCUGUGGCUCCUUCAGUGGCUCAUUCCACUGCAGGAAACCAUCCAGCCAUCCAUCCGCAUCAAGUGCAACAUCCAAACAUCCCUCCACCGCAAACCAGGCCGGAUUUAAACCAGAAUGUUAAGAACGGGAAUGCUGCAAGCCAUCCUUAUAUUGGGGGACAUCCAUCUACAUCAAGCGGACACAGUUCGUCUUCUAAACAUCACGAGCAAAGGCUCACCCAUGAGCAGUUUAGAGCAGCGCUUCAAAUGGUUGUAUCAUCGAAAGACCCGCGAGAAAACCUGGAAAGAUUCGUGAAAAUCGGGGAAGGAUCAACAGGAACAGUUUGCAUAGCUCAAGACCGGAGCACCGGACGGCAGGUAGCGGUGAAAAAAAUGGAUCUCAGAAAACAGCAGCGCCGUGAACUUCUGUUCAACGAAGUGGUUAUUAUGCGCGACUAUCACCAUCCCAAUAUCGUGGAAAUGUUCAACAGUUACUUGGUGAACGACGAACUAUGGGUGGUGAUGGAGUUUUUAGAAGGCGGCGCCUUAACAGACAUUGUCACUCAUUCGAGGAUGGACGAGGAACAAAUCGCCACUGUGUGCAAACAGUGCCUAAAGGCUUUGGCGUAUUUGCACUCGCAGGGCGUCAUUCACCGAGAUAUUAAGUCCGAUUCCAUUCUACUUUCCCUGGACGGAAGAGUCAAGCUAUCGGACUUCGGGUUUUGCGCGCAAGUGUCCCAAGAACUCCCCAAAAGAAAGUCUUUGGUAGGCACCCCUUACUGGAUGUCUCCGGAAGUGAUUUCCCGACUACCGUACGGCCCAGAAGUCGACAUUUGGUCGCUGGGAAUCAUGACAAUCGAAAUGGUAGAUGGGGAGCCGCCCUUCUUCAAUGAGCCGCCUCUGCAAGCCAUGAGGCGCAUUCGGGAAAUGCCGCCGCCCAAACUGAAAAAUGCCCACAAAGUAUCGCCUAAACUUCAAUCCUUUUUGGAUAGAAUGUUAGUGAGAGAUCCUGCUCAAAGAGCCUCAGCUCAAGAGCUCCUCUCACACCCAUUUUUGAGACAAGCGGGCCCCCCAGCGCUACUCGUACCGCUUAUGAGAGGCUCCAAACAUACAAAUUAUUGAGUAUUUAGUGUAUAAAAACGCGGUUUGGAAAUUAUGUGUUAAAAAUUGGAAAUAUUUUCGGGCGAUUCAAUCAAAAUCUGCAACAGUUAUUGUGCCUUAUGUCUUAGGAACUUAAGUAAUUUCUAGAAAAGUCACUCGAACGAAAGUUGAAAUUGUUUUUCUUUAAGCGUGCGAAAUUUCAAGAUCAGGGUUUUUUCAUACGUUGAUUGUUACACGCAAUAUUGUUUUCAGGUAUAUAAUUUUUCAUUGCCUGUUAUUUAAUCGUUUACAAAUACUCCGAUAUUUUGGUAUUAUUCAUCAUAUUUAGAUUGUUAUUUUUAUUAAUAGUUACAGGGUGUUAAAGUGUGUAUGUGAGUAAAGAAAAAAUUGGUUUAUUGCCACGGGCAAUUGAAAUUUAUUGAAUAUUGUCGAUAUGGAAUACUGGCUCUGUAUGUGCGCAUUGUUAGAGUUAGGUAGUAUCAGGUCUGUAAUUUUAGAGAAAUGUGGUAUUAGAUUUAUUUCCGAUAAGCCGUCCAUGAUGUUGCCUUUUAAACUUUUUACAGGACAUUAUUAGUAUUUGUUACACAUUUAGUAUUUUUACAGCUAAAUAAUAGUAAUUCUAACAUUGACGAAAUUUUCUGAUGUACAUAUUGUUAAAUUGUAAUUUGACUUGGCAGGUUUUUUGCAUUUUUUCACAAACCCGAUCUGAAUAAGUCGCGUCUACAGCGGAAAUGCGGGGUUCUUCACACGCAUUUAGUACUUAACUAGGAUUUGUAUAAAAUUUUCCUUAAUAUUAUGUUUUUAUAAUUUUCAUAAUAAUUUUUGUAUUAUGAUUGAUUGUCUAGUUUUAAAUUAAAUAAUUAGUUUUUGAUAA